GUUUAUGUGUUAUUUGCGAGCCGAAUCGCAGUCGGGGCAGGACCGGGUCGGUGCAGCCUUACUGCCUCCAGUCAGCGCUGUCACUCAGAGCCCAGUAGACCGGUUCCCUCACUGUCACAUUGACAUAGUAAUCACUGUAGCUUCAGACGAGAUCAAGGGGGUCUGCGGAAACCAUAAUAGACAGAGCAUUGCAAAUACAAAGACAUCCCCAUAAACGCACCGGAACAGCUAGGACGAGCUUCUCUAUCAGUCACUGGCGUUGGACACCCCCACAUCAUUGGAGGAUAACUGUACACAACAGAGGCUGAGGUCUGAAAGGCCUCGAUGGUACAAUUUAGUCUAAUUAAGUCUAAGUAUUACCCUGAGAACUGAGUGAAGUGUCAUCGCCAUGGCAGAGAGUGCAGGGCUGCAGUUCGUCAGCUCCUUCGCUUUUGAAGCCAUGCAGAAGGUGGAUGUGGCGCGGCUCGCUGCCCUGAGCGACCCUGAGCUGAGGCUGCUGCUACCCUGCCUGGUGAGGAUGGCUCUGUGUGCCCCAGCUGAUCAGAGCCAGUCAUGGGCACAAGACAAGAAGCUCAUACUGCGCCUGCUAUCCGGGGUGGAAGCUGUCAACUCCAUCGUAGCGCUUUUGUCAGUGGACUUCCACGCCUUGGAGCAGGACGCGCGGAAGGAGCAGCAGCUCAGGCACAAGGCAGGUGGCUCAAAUGGAGAAAGCAUCCUGGUGUCACAGCUACAGCACGGCCUGACCCUGGAGUUUGAACACAGUGAUCCCUUGAGGAGACUCCGUCUAACCCUAAGUGAACUGCUGGCUAUCAUGAACAAGGUGGUAGACUCGAAUGGGGAGUUUUUCUUGAAGUCUUCUGAACUAUUUGAAAGCCCCGUGUACUUGGACGAGGUCGCUGAUGUCCUCUGCAUUUUACAAGCAGAGCUGCCUUCCUUGCUCCCCAUUGUGGACGUGGCAGAGGCUUUGCUGCAUGUCCGCAAUGGAUACUGGUUUCUGUGUCUGUUGGUUGCCAAUGUCCCUGAUAGCUUCAAUGAAGUUUGCAGAGGUUUGAUUAAGAACGGCGAGCGUCAGGAUGAGGAGAGUGUGGGUGGUCGACGCAGGACUGAAGCCCUCAGGCAGCUCUGUCAGAUGAACCCUUCACAGGCCCUCAACAUCAGAGCUAUGGUGGGAGAGGAGUGUCACCUGCCUGGUCUUGGCGUGGCUCUGACUCUGGACUACAAACCAGAUAAAGCAGACGAGGCAGUCAGUCCCCUUGUCUCUUAUGUCAGUGGUCUACUACUUGGUACCAAUAGCAAAGUCCGCACCUGGUUCAGCCUGUUCAUUCGCAAUGGACAACAGCGAAAGAGGGAAAGCAGUUCGGUGCUGUGGCAGAUGCGCAGACAGCUGCUGCUGGAGCUCGUCGCCAUCCUGCCGCGCUCACGCAGCACCCACGUGCCCAAUGACGGCAAUCUGGAGGAGGUCAGCUCGGGGUACUCUGGUCUUAGAGAAGAGCAUGUGGUGAAGGCCAGCGCGCUGCUCCGACUUUACUGUGCGCUCAUGGGCAUCGCCGGCCUGAGACCCACAGAUGAAGAGGCAGAGCAGCUCUUGCAGCUGAUGACCAGCCGACCCCCGGCCACGCCUGCUGGCGUCCGCUUUGUCUCUUUGUCCUUCUGCAAGUUGCUGGCCUUCCCGACACUGGUCAGCACCCCUGAGCAGGAACAGCUGAUGGUCAUGUGGCUCAGCUGGAUGAUCAAAGAGGAGGAAUACUUUGAGAGUGCUGCAGGCGUAUCCGCUUCUUUUGGAGAAAUGCUAUUACUGGUUGCCAUGUAUUUCCAUAGCAACCAGCUUAGCUCCAUUAUUGAGUUGGUGUGCUCUACUUUGGGGAUGAAGAUUGCCAUCAAGCCCAGCUCUCUUAGCAAGAUGAAGACUAUCUUCACACAAGAAAUCUUCACGGAACAGGUUGUUACAGCACAUGCGGUGAGGGUUGCAGUGACCAACAGCUUAAGUGCCAACAUCACAGGAUUCCUCCCAAUUCACUGUAUAUACCAGCUGCUCCGGAGCAGGGCUUUCACCAAGCACAAAGUGUCCAUCAAGGAUUGGAUCUAUCGGCAGCUUUGUGAGACGACCACCCCCAUUCACACCCAACUGUUUCCCCUAAUUGAUGCCUAUAUCAACUCCAUCCUCACUCCAGCCUCCAAGGCCAACCCAGAGGCCACCAACCAGCCCAUCACUGAGCAGGAGAUCCUCAAUGUCUUCCAGAGCUCUACUGGGCAAGGGGAAGGCAGUCGAGGAGGACGACAACGCUACUCCAUUACCACCCAACUCCUUAUCCUGUACUACAUCCUGUCUUAUGAGGAGAACCUGUUGGCGAGCACCAAACAACUGGCCCUGAUGCAGAGGAAGCCAAAGUCCUACUCGGCAGCCUUGAUGGACCAGAUCCCCAUCAAGUACUUAGUUACACAGGCCCAGGGACUGCAGCAAGAGCUCGGAGGUCUGCACUCGUCCCUGCUGAAGCUGCUGGCCACCAACUACCCUCAUCUAUGUCUUGUGGAGGACUGGGUCUGUGAAGAGGAGGUGACUGGUACCCUGCCACUGCUGAGGAGGAUGAUGCUCCCCAGCAACACCUGCAGAUACACUCAGAGUCAGCUCCAUCAAGCUUUCCAGAAGCUACCAUCCAGCAGUCCCAGGCUGAUGCGGAUCCUGGAACAUUUAACCCUGCUUUCACCUGGUGACCUGAUCUCUUAUUCGGAGGCCCUCACAGCCAGCAUGGCUCUGCUGCUGGAGCCCGCUGUGCCCCGCCGAAUACUGCAGACACUUAACAAGCUCUGGAUGGGCCUCAACACUGUGAUGCCCCGCAGGCUGUGGGUGAUGACCGUAAACGCUCUACAACCUUCGGCUAAGCUGCUCGGGCAGCAGCAAUACACUCAAAACGACCUGAUGGUGGACCCGCUCAUUGUGCUGCGCUGUGAUCAACGCGUGUACAGGUGUCCUCCUUUGAUGGACAUUGUGCUUCACAUGCUGAACGGCUACCUACUGGCCUCCAAGGCCUACCUACACUGCCACCUGAAGGAGACAGCUGAUUUUGAUCGGCAAAGCCAGACGGUCUCAAACUUGGGGGUACCUGGACAGCCAGAAACACCCGAGGUCACCAGGGAGGAGUUGAAGAACGCUCUUCUAUCCGCACAGGACAGCGCAGCAGUCCAGAUUCUCCUGGAGGUAUGUCUGCCAACGUGCAAAGAGCAGCAGCAGCUGGGGGCCGGGACACAGAGCCUGCUGAGUAGCAUUAGGGCCCCUUUGCCAUGGAAAUCAAAAAAGGGCAGCCUGGGCCCUCGAGCCAGAGGGGGUGUGGAAGACGCCGAGCCAGAGGGAGGACUACUCAGUGACUUGAGGGAGGUGCAAUGUCUCAUCUGUUGUUUGCUGCAUCAGAUGUUCAUUGCCGACCCUAACAUUGCCAAGUUGGUCCACUUUCAGGGUUACCCUCAAGCUCUGCUGCCUCUAACUGUGGCGGGCAUCCCCUCCAUCCAUAUCUGUCUGGAUUUCAUCCCAGAGCUGCUGGCCCAGCCCCAGCUGGAAAAGCAGAUCUUUGCAAUCCAGUUGCUGUCGUACUUGUGCACCCAGUACGCGCUACCCAAGUCUCUGAGUGUGGCCAGGUUGGCAAUCAGUGUCAUGGGCACCCUCCUCACAGUGCUGACUCGUGCCAAGCGUUUCUCAUUCUUCAUGCCCAUCCUGCCGUGCCUGGUGCCCUUCUGCCAGGCCUUCCCUCCGCUCUAUGAUGACGUUGCAGGUCUGCUUGUACAAGUGGGCCAGGUUUGUGCCUCGGAUGUUGCCACCAAAGCCAGGGACAUUGACCCACUUAUUGCACGCCUGCAGUAUCUGAAGGAGAAGCCUCAGGGGGCUGCAGCUCCUGGAGGAGACUUCUCGAAGCUGACUUUACCCCAGAGGAUAGCAGAGGAACAUGGUGGUGCUGACCCCGAUGUCCAGCUCUGCUACUGUGUAGAGGCCACAUUUAUGGACAUCAUUAGCUCCACCCUUCAUGGACUAUAGAUGCACAUCUUCCAGAGGAAGAGGGGACUUAACUUAAACCAACACUGCCUCUGAAAGACAUUUGUAUUCCCUAGAUGGCUCUUGUCAACACACAUCCAUCCAUCUUGAACACAUGGACUGAUGUCCCCUUUGUCGUUGGCUGUCAGACUAUGUCCCUUUGUUGUACUUCAUAUCUAUGUUCAGACUGGACUGAAAUUCCAUUCUCUAUCAUUUGUGAAAUGGUUGGGAAUGGAUUUUUCUGGAAAUAAAUCACCACUAGCAAUUUAUUUAGAAUGUGUGUUCAUGUGCUCAGUCAGUUUGUGGGAAGUUAAAUGGGUCCCUUUUUUGACCAUAUUGACCUUUUUAUAGGCAUAUUUUUAUAAGCUGUGAGCAACUGAAAAAAAUGGAAAAUAGUAUUAGGCGCUUUUGUACUGUUAUUUGUUUGUAAUAAAACAAGAGAAAGCCUUUCUUUGAUGAGGUUUGGGAUUUAGGACAAAGCGAUUAUCAUUUUGGGUUUGCAUGUGUAAUCUAAAUCUUGUCUGGUAUCCAGAUGUUUAGUAUUUCUUCUCAAACUUGUCUUGGUCUCGUGGGUUUCCCGAUGCAGACACCUGUCUUUCGACCACUUGUUUUUAGCCAUUAUAUUCUCCGCUCUUCUAUUUAUUUAAGUGUCAGGUGAGAGGAGGCUGGCGCAUGUAGCUGUCACCUCAAAAGGGACAACUUUUCUUUUUUUAAAUAACAACAUACAGUUUACCGCGAUUAAAAAAAAAUCUUAAUAAAAUACUUAUAGAAGUCAUACUGCAGCUUACCUUUAAAGCUCAGGUGUUGGUUUAAGCAUUUGAUGUAAUUAGUGUUAAUGAAGCCGAAGUUAAUUAGUACCACCUCUGCUUAGACAAAAUGUCAGUAAUAUUCUUUGGAUUUAUUCCAUCAUGUUAAAUAUAACAGUACCAGUACAUUGCUGAUGUCCUGUUCUGCUGAGGUUGUUGAAGAUAUCAGGAAAAGUAGAUUCACUUGUAUAGUUCGCGAAAGGCACACUGUUUUCCAAUAUAUUUCCUAACAUGUAGUUAAGUUUCAACCGACUUCUCUCCUUCAAGUGGGAAUAAAGAGCUGUAUGACCUUGGAUCAGAGAAUCUGAAAUU